CGUCACGCGGCGAGGCUGCGCCCAUGUCUGCAUUCCAAGUCGCUGUCCACAAUACCGAGGCCUUGCAUUCAAAGUGUUCUAUUGCAUUGAUCCAUCCAAAAUGGCAUUUCCUCAACCUCCUGGCCUGCUUCCCGCCGAGGUCGCUUUCCUCUGCGAAAUGGAACAAGUCACCGUCAUCCCACGGCAACGCCUCGACCGUCUUGACUUACUAGGCGGUUCCACGAAACCUCUCAUCCCUCCUCAAAGAUCAACAUUACCUCUCUGGCUUGCGAUUAUGUUAAAACGCCAGCGACGUGCCAACAUUAUGCCGCCGCCAUGGCUAUAUCCCGAGAACCUUUUAGAAAUCCUCGAACUGGAGACGAAACAUUUUCAAGACUCCUUUUCUCCGCCGCCGCAGAUACCGCCGAGACGGCAGACAGACUAUACAGGAAAGCCAUUUUAUACUUCGUCACCGUUUGUGGAGUCUUGUACUGCAAACGCUGCGCCGACAGCACUGCCAUACCAUUGGUUCGAGAUAUCAGAGAUGUUCCUCGAGUCUGCGAGCGACGAUGUGUCAGAACCGGACAGGGUGCGGCAGCUGUUAAGAGAUAUCAGAGAAGUCCGGCUAGCCAAGGUGCGGAAAGAAGUCGAUCACUUAUCCGGAGACGGGGAAGGCACGCGACUAGACGGAAUAGGUGCGAUGGAACUGUCCGAGUCCAGAGGCUUCAUGACAGGGGUCAUGGACGGGCUGAGAAAACUCGAUGCGAGUCGCGAGCAAGCCAGACGAGAGCGCGAAGAGGAAGAGAGGGAAAAUAGAAGAUAUAAUGAGGACGACGAAGACGACGAAAUGACAUGAAAUCCUCAUCCACAGCUCGCAAAGAAUUAUGUUCAUUGAAUCAUACAUGGACACCAAACCCAUGAAAGUCACCCCCAGAAGAAUCGCUCGUUCGAGGACCCGUAACAUGGGAGCAGGAG